GCACAACCCAUUCUCCGACAUGUCCACCAAGGCGGGUCUGAGGCCUUGGUUGUCUGCUACAAGAUGUAUGCGUAGAAGCCAGCUUUCAGCUCUACAACACCGGCGAAAUGUGUUCACUUCUAGUGAUCAACCAUUUCCUCUGCAGUCACCAGAUGAUUGGCAGUUGUUGCAAGACCGCCGGAUACGUUUCAAAAUGCUCGUCGAUCUAUUCGGCGAGCAUGGCUCUAAUGUGACGCGUAAUAAUACCUUCCAACCCCACCACCAGUUGCACCGACCUCUCGCUCCGUCUGAAGCAACAUUAUCCGCACUAAUAGCUGCUGGCGCACAUUUUGGGCACGCUAAAUCUCUGCUCAAUCCAAAUUUUAUGCCCUACGCGUACGGCGUCCGCGCCGGUAUCACCAUAAUUGACCUCGACUCGACCCUCCCACUGUUGCGGAGGGCUGCAAGCCUCACUCGCUCUGUCGUUGCAAGGGAUGGCACAAUUGUCUUCGUGGGCACUCGUCCAGAUCUGCGUGCUGUUGUGCGCAAAGCUGCGGAGAGGAUUGGACCACAGGCUUUCCACGUUGGCGAAAGAUGGCUGCCUGGCACACUUACGAACAAACUGCAGUUGUUUGGGUCUGACGUCGCACAAGGGCAGCGUGUCACACCCGACCUCGUCAUCUUCCUAAACCCCAUGGCAAAUAUCCACGCCAUCCGCGAAUGUGCAAUACAGCAUAUUCCUACCAUUGGUAUUGUCGACUCGAAUGUCGAUCCUCGCGUUGUCAUGUAUGCCAUUCCUGCGAAUGACGAAAGCCCUCGAACAGCAGAGUUAAUUGCCGGUGUUCUCAGCAUAGCAGGACGAGAAGGGAGGGUUUUACGAGACAAAGAAGAACAGCAAAAAGAGCUACGACAAUCCCGGUACAUGCGUGGUCAAGAACGAGGUACCUCACGAUAUAUAGCUGAUAGAGAAUAGUUUACUACAUGCAGUAUACAACGUUGUUCUGACUA